CGGGAGUCCUGGAGGCCAGAGGUUCCCGAGGGGAAGGGUCCAGCCAGUCACCAGUCUGCUUUUGUUGGUUCGAUUCCGUGAUGUCAGGGCCUCUCACAAGCUAGGCUUAUGCAGCCUUUAAAACUGCGAGUCGAUGUUUUUACUGAAAACUGAACGCACCGGAACUCAGAUUUUGCCGCCAGGGUCUCAAGUAUAUCGCGAUUUCUCGGUUCUUUUCUUCAGGGUCCGUCACUGGCUUUUGUUUCUCUGUAAGUCGUGUCUCAUUCGUAUGUGUGUUGAAAACACAUGCCCGAAAUGGUUUUGUUUUGAUGACUGGGUGAUUCUCGAAACUUGUCAAUGUGGCCUGGUUUUCUUUGCAGUAAAUUGAUCAUAUGUGGAGAUUGAGUCCUUGUGAGCUUAAAUUUUUAGUUAAUUACCCUAAAAUGCCAAUUUUUUUUUCUAUUACUAGGAAGGGCCAGAGGAAACAACUGUUGUUAUAUAAAAUCUAGUGCAGUUAAGCCAUUUUAUCGUUGGAAAAAUAAAAUUUUGUUGGAUUUUCAUUCAUUAGAAAUUUCAUUAUAGUUACCAUUUAUUAAGAGAGGUACCAUAAUUUCUUGCUUUCCUUUAUCUUCACCAGACAUUGCACUUGUAAUUGUCUUUCGCUUCAUUAGCUCACAAAUAUGUGAUAAAACUAUAUCUGGAAAAAUACUUUUGUCUUAUUUGUGGUCUAAUACUUGUUUUCUUCCCUCCCCCCCAAACCAGGAGGAGUCAUUAUAGAUUCUAUUUUUUUUUCUUUUUCAAUGGACUCAAUGUAAAAUUUUGUUUUGUUUCUGUUUGGAGUUAGUUUCCAAAACUCAGCACAAUAGAUCCAUAUCAGAUUUAAUAACAAACAAACAAAAAAAACCUAGGGUUAUUAAAUCAUGAGUUGUGGAAAUGAAUUUGUGCAAACAUUAAAAAGGAUUGGUUAUCCCAAAGCUGAUAGUCUUAAUGGAGAAGAUUUUGACUGGCUGUUUGAGACUGUUGAAGAUGAAUCAUUUUUGAAAUGGUUUUGUGGGAAUGUGAAUGAACAGAAUGUAUUGUCUGAAAAAGAAUUGGAAGCUUUUAACAUUCUUCAAAAAUCAGGCAAGCCCAUCCUAGAACUGUCAGCAUUGGAUGAAGUUCUUAAGACGUGUAAAACUUUUGAUUUGAAGACACCUAAACUGGAUAACAAGGAACUAGAGAAAUUAGAGGAGGAAGUUCGAACUCUACAGAAACUAAAGAACCUAAAAAUUCAACAACGUAAUAAAUGCCAAUUGAUGGUUUCAGAAACUAGCCACAAAUCUGUGAGGUUAAAUACUAAACAAGAAGAAGCCAGUAAGAAAUUGAAACAGAGUCAGAGAGUUUUAAAUGCUAUGAAUACCAAGCUCAGUAAUGAACUUCAAGCUCUUACUGAUAGAGUUAAUGAAUUGAUGAUAUUCUUCAGAAAUUCUAAUUUAGGUCAAAGGACAAAUCCAAUGGUAUUUUUAUCUCAGUUUUCCUUGGAAAAAUAUAUAAGCCAAGAAGAGCAAAGCACAACAGCCUUAACCUUAUAUACCAAAAAGCAGUUCUUUGAAGGUAUACAUGAAGUUGUUGAAAGCUCAAAUGAAGAAAAUUUUCAACUUGUAGACAUACAAACACCAUCUAUUUGUGAUAACGAAGAAAUCUUUGAGGAGAGACGACUAGAGAUGGCUAGGCUGCAGCUAGCAUACAUCUGUGCUCAACAUCAACUAAUUUACUUGAAAGCAAGUAAUUUGAGCAUUAAGUCAAGUAUAAAGUGGGCAGAGGAGAAUCUUCAAAGCCUAACUAGCAAGGCUAUUGGCAAAGAAAAUUUGGAUGCUCAAUCUUUUAGCUUGAACAGUGAGAUUCUGAAUCUUGAAGAACAGAUAACUCACAUAAAAGUCAAAAGUUUGCCUGCUGUGGUAAAAGAAAAUGCCCAGUUAUUGAAUAUGCCAGUUGUAAAGGGAGAUUUUGAUUUGCAGAUUGUUAAACAAGAUUGUUAUACAGAAAGGCAAAAGUUAGUUUUAAAUCAGUUGAUAAAGCAAAAAGCAUCAUUUGAACUUGUACAGUUAGCAUAUGAAAUUGAAUUGAGGAAGCAUUGGGACACAUAUCGGCAACUUGAAAAUUUGGUUCAAGAACUUAGUCAAAGAAACAUAAUGCUCUGUCAGCGAUUGGAAAUGUUAACAGAUCCAUCAGCAUCUGAGCAAUUAAGUGCAAGGAAUCCCAUUGAUACCAAAGAUUAUUCUACUCACAGGCUAUAUCAACUUUUAGAGGGAGACAAUAAGAAAAAAGAAUUGUUUAUAACCCAUGAAAACCUGGAGGAAGUGGCUGAGAAAUUGAAGCUGGAUGUUUCUCUAGUGCAACAUCAGUUGGCAGUGUCUACUCAAGAGCAUUUUUCCUUUCUGUCCAAACUUAAUAAUGACGUGGAUAUGCUUUGUGAUGCUUUAUAUCAAGGAGGAAAUCAGCUUUUGCUUAGUGAUCAGGAAAUAACAGAGCACUUCCAUCAAGUUGAAUCUCAGUUGAAUAAACUAAACCAUCUCCUCACUGAUAUUCUUGCUGAUGUGAAGACAAAAAGAAAAAUUUUGGCAACUAACAAAUUAUAUCAAAUGGAAAGAGAAUUAUAUGUGUAUUUUUUUAAAGAUGGAGACUAUCUAAAAGAUGUUGUGGAAAAUUUAGAAAACCAAUCAAAGAUUAAGGCUUUGGGUCUUAAAGACUGAAAAUUACUAAAAACUGAAUCCUUGCUGCGUUUUAACCUUUUAUGUAUUAGACUAAUAAACACUACUGCAUUUAAGUAUUUUCAUUCCCAAUUAAAACAUGUAUUGUAAAUCCUUUAAGCAA